AUGGAGCGACUACAAAGGAAGCAAGCGGCCCUGCGACAAGCCAUCGACACUACCAUCGCAGCAGCCAGCACCUUACUUCAAGCGACAGAAGCACCAACCGGUGAGCUUGAAGAACAUUUGGACAUCCUUCUUGAGCAAGCUGAAGAGCUUAAAGCAGUCAACGACGCUAUAGAAAAGAAAGUUGACCUACAGGAGCUCGACAUCGUAUUAACAGAGUGCGCUGCGUACAGCUUGAGAAUUUGCAACUUGAAAACAAGGAUAAGAAGGGCACUGAGAGGUGGAGCUGCGAGCGAAACGAGGUCAAGUACACCAUCAGAAACAGGAAAUAGCUCUGACCACGUCGCACAGUCAGGUUCCGUCCAGCAUGCAGUUACGACGACUCUUCAGCUACCGUCGACAACGACAAGACUUCCGAAGCUAGAGAUCGCCAAAUUCGACGGGAACCUGCGCUCAUGGCACAGAUUCUGGAAUCAGUUCGAGUCUACCAUCGACCAGAAUCCAGCUCUGCAUCUAAUUGACAAGUUUCAGUACUUGACGAGCUAUCUCACCGGCAAAGCAGCAGCCGCUAUCGACGGGCUGCCACUCAGUGACCGAAAUUAUGAAAUUGCAGUGAAGACAUUGGUCGAAAGAUUCGGAAAGGACGACGUUAUCAUUGAAGAACAUAUGUCGAGGUUGCUCAACAUCCGACCUGUCCAUAACAUCUUCGACACCGAGGGGCUGCGGACCCUUUAUGAUGAGGUACAGAGGGGGGUUCGGAGUCUCGAGGCAUUGGGUGUGGCGUCGAGCACUUAUGGGGUACUUUUAUUGACGGUCCUACGGAAGAACAUCCCGAAUGAGCUUUGCCUUGGUUACUGCAGACAAAAGACAACAUCUGCAGUAGCGCCAGGAGAUGAUCUUCAAAACUUCCUCAGUUUCCUCAAGACCUAA